AUGGGGAGAGCCGGAUGCUGUUGCAGCGAGGCUGAGCGCCUCGCCUCCCCGUUCCUGGUGCACCGUUUCCGGCCACUGCUGCUGAUCAUCAUCGCUCUGACCUCCGCUGGCCGCAUAGGUUAUUGCCAAGUGAUCACUCCUCAGUGUCGCAUCCAAAAGUGUACCACUGACUUUGUCUCCUUGACCUCCCACCUCACGCCGACUGUGGAUGACUUUCACGUUGAAUUCUGCAAAGCUUUGCGGGCUUACUCAGCCUGUACGCAAAGGACAGCAAAACCCUGCAGGGGUAACCUGGUCUACCAUUCGGCAAUGCUGGGCAUCUCGGAUUUAAUGAGCCAGAGGAACUGCUCCCGAGAUGGUCCGACUUCCUCCACCCAUCCCGAGAUCCACCAUGAGCCGUGUAACUACUACAGUCGCACUCAGCACGCUCACGCCCACGCGCACACUCACGGGCACUCACAUGCUCACAGCCACAGUCACUCAAGGCCUGAAUUCCUUUUCUGCGGGCUGUUCGGAGAUCCCCACUUAAGGACAUUCAAGGACAGCUUCCAGACUUGCAAGGUGGAGGGAGCAUGGCCUCUCAUCGAUAAUGACUAUCUGUCGGUUCAGGUCACUAAUGUUCCAGUGGUUACAGGCUCCGCUGCCACGGCCACCAAUAAGAUCACUGUUAUCUUCAAACCCUACGAGGGCUGCACUGACCAAAGGGUCUACCAAGCCGUGACUGACAACUUACCCGCCGCCUUCGACGAUGGAACGGUGAGCAGUGGCGACCCCAUUCACGUCUCCAUGGGGACAGACGGUGCCACUGGGAAAGUGCGGGCCCUUUGGAUCUCAGAGCGCAGUCCGGGCCACCACGUAGAGCUGCACGCGGGUUACAUUGGCGUCACGGUGAUUGUCCGACAGCUCGGUCGCUACCUAACCCUGGCGGUACGGAUCCCAGAGGAGCUGUCUCAGGCCUAUGACGCCACUCAAGACCUGCAGCUAUGUCUAAACGGCUGCCCCAGGGUUGAACGCAUCGACCAGGGCGGUCACCUGCCCCUGUCUCCGCCUUCAGUUGGCCUUCAGCUCCAGCAUCUGCACGGGCCCAGAUAUUCUUCACAGAUACAGUUAUCCUCCUACGGUGACAGGCAGGUGUUCACUCUGGAGGGUGCAAAGGACCGCUGCCGGGAGCAGCUGGAGGUGCAGGACAUUUACUUCCACUCCUGUGUGUUUGACCUCCUUACCACCGGGGACGCUAACUUUACCGUGGCAGCAUACAGCGCCCAGAAAGACAUGGAGAGUCUUCACCCGCACAGAGACAAAUGGAGGAUCUACCCACAAGCUUCUGCCCCCUCCAUUCUGUACCCCCAACCUUUUCUACUCUUCACUCUGCUUCUACUUUGUACGCUUAGUUUUGUGUAA